UCCAAGGCAGCAUGCAUGGUGGUGUUAUUUCCUCUAUAUAUACCUCUUUCAUUCCUUUGGGGCUCAUUCUCAUUGCAAUCACUUAGACACCACACACACACACACUCUCCAUGCAUGCAUGAUCCUGCAAGCAAGCAAUUGCAAGCAGCAGAGGAUCUAUCAAGAAUUAAUGCCUAUGCAGCUGUGUCAUCCUUGCCUUGCUGUGUAUGGUAUUCUUUUGCUUCUUUGUUGGCCAUUCGCUUGUGCCCAUGCUUAUGCAUCUCAGAGCCGGCUUGUCCCUGGCAAGCCGCUCUCCCCCGGCAGUGUCCUCGUCUCCCAAGAUGGGGUGUUUGCCCUGGGAUUCUUCUCCACGGAUGGGGAGAAGCGGCAGCGCCACUAUGUGGGCAUAUGGUACAACAGCAUCCCGGAGCGCACCGUGGUAUGGGUUUCUAACCGUGCGGCGCCCAUCACCACUAACCUUUCCUCUGCAAAUCUUGCGGUGACCAGCAGCUCCGGCAUAGUGAUGUCUGAUAGCGAUGGCCGUGCCGUGUGGACAACCAACAAGAGCAUCAGCAUCAGCGCGAGCGCGAGCACGAGCACGGUGGAAGCAGUGUUGGACAACACCGGCAACUUCAUCCUUCGGUCGUUGGCCGACAGUGCCAUACUAUGGCAAAGCUUCGACCACCCUACCGACACCCUCCUCCCCGGCAUGAACCUGAGGCUGAGCCACAAGACGCUCCCACUGCAGCACCUCGUGUCAUGGAAAGGGCAGCAGGAUCCAUCCCCCGGCGAGUUCUCGUACGGCGCGGACCCUAGCAACCUGCUCCAGUGCUUCGCCUGGAACGGGUCGAGGCCACACCGGCGAAGCCCGGUGUGGACAAGCCACCUCUACAUGGGCGGAUUCAACGAGUCGGCCAUUUACAUGGCCUUGCAUCACGCCGGCGACGAGGUGUACAUGUCCUUUGGCAUGCCGGCUGGCUCCUUCGUCCAGCUGGUCAGGUUGGAGAUCGACUACUCAGGCAAGGUAAAUAUACUAAGCUGGCUGAGCAACGUGUCCGCAUGGAGAGCCCUCUACGCAGAGCCUCAACAUGAGUGCAAUACGUACGGCUACUGCGGUCCUUAUGGUUACUGCGACAACACACAAAUCGUCCCGGUUUGCAAGUGCCUUGACGGUUUUGAACCGAGGGAUGCUAAAGGAUGGAUCUCCGGUAGCUUCUCACAGGGAUGCCGCCCCAAGGAGGUGCCAAGGUGCACCCAUGGAGACAGUUUCUUGGCCUUUCCGGGCAUGAAGGUCCCGGACAAGUUCCUCCGUAUCCCGAGCAGAAGCUUCGAUGAGUGCACCGAGGAAUGCAGAAGCAAUUGCUCCUGCGUGGCAUAUGCUUACUCCAAGAUGAGCAACAUAGAUAUUGACGGGGAUGAUACAAGAUGCCUGUUAUGGAUGGGCGAUUUGAUCGACAUGGAGAACAACCAUCAAGGAGGGGAGAACCUCUAUGUUCGGACUAAAAGAUUGCAAGGUAAUCAAGGAAGCAAGCUUGUCUGGGAAAGGUUGAUGCGUCGAGAUACAGGAAAUUACAAUCAUUUCGCUGAUGGUAACACGGAGUUUCCCAUUUUGAACUUUAGGGAAAUUGCUACCGCGACAAAUAAUUUCUCUGAAUCCAACAUUCUUGGCAAAGGAGGGUUUGGCAAUGUUUAUAAGGGAACGUUGGAAGAUGGUAGGGAAAUUGCUGUGAAAAGGCUUCGUGUAGGUUCUGUCCAAGGGGCAGUGGAGUUCAAAAAUGAAAUAGCACUGAUUUCCAGGUUGCAGCAUAGAAACUUGGUCAAACUUAUAGGCUGCAGUAUUCAUGAAGACGAAAAGCUUUUGAUUUAUGCAUACCUACCUAACCGAAGUCUGGAUUACUUCAUUUUCAAUGAUAGAAGAAAAUCACUGCUCAAUUGGCCCACAAGAUUUAAGAUAAUCGCUGGUGUAGCCAGGGGACUUCUUUAUCUCCACCAAGAUUCCAGAUUGACGAUGAUUCAUAGAGAUCUCAAAGCAAGCAACAUAUUGUUGGAUGCUGAGAUGACCCCCAAAAUAUCAGAUUUUGGUACGGCUAGGAUCUUUGGUGUCAAUCAACACGAAGGACAUACAAAUCGAGUUGUUGGAACAUUUGGAUACAUGUCGCCUGAAUAUGCAAUGGAAGGCAUAAUCUCCGUCAAAUCCGAUGUUUACAGCUUUGGCGUAUUAGUUCUAGAGAUUGUGAGUGGCAUGAAGACCGGCGCCACAACCCCAACAAGUUCACGCGCACGCACUCGUAACCUUAUAGAUUAUGCGUGGAGCUUAAGGAAGGAUGGGAAAGUGAUGGAUCUAAUUGAUUCAUCCAUCGUUGAGGGUUGCUCUCUCGUUGAAGCUCUACGAUGCAUCCAUAUCGGACUCUUGUCGGUGCAGGACGACCCAGAGGCUCGCCCCCUCAUGUCUUGGGUGGUAGCAAGCCUGGAUAAUGAAGACACUGAGCUCCCGCAGCCAAAAGAGCCUAUGUGCUUUGCACACCGUAACUACGGAGCCGGGGAAAGCCAUGUGCAUGAUAUGAGCCUCGUAAACCUCAAGGGGCGCUAGAAAAUCCUGCCUUGUCCUUGACUUGUGACCCUCAUAUCUUCAUACACGUACCUGCU